AUGGAUUUCGACACCAAUGACUAUCUAAGGGUGAGAGAUAUUCAAUUACAGGAACCGAUUUCUCAUCAGAAGAUAGGGCAGCUUGAGAUUCUGAUAUAUUGGAUCUUUAUGGUUUGUUAUUAGUAGCAUUUUAGAUUUCUGAGAAAAACAACCUUAACACUAAAACAAUAGAAUUGGCUGUAAUACUUAUAAAGAUUUAUGUUUCCAAAAAUUAAAUACAACCAGAUAAUUUAUAAUUGGUGGGACUAGCUUCAUUAAUGAUUGCAAUUAAAGUAAACUAGUUUUAAUAUCAAAAAUAAGUUUAAUGAAUGCCAAACCUAAAUAAAUAUGAAUAUAGACAAUGUUGUAUCAUAAUCUAACUUUGAGUUUAGUUCUAAGUUAAUAUUAGAAAUGGAAAUGAGCAUUUUAUCACUUGUGGAAUAUGAUGUAAAUAUUACCACAAUAACUGACUAUUACAAUGGAUUAGCUGUAGAUUCUGAUCUUAUUUUGUUUGUCACUCUUGAUUCAGACUUCCUUUACUAUCAAAAGUACGAAUUGUUUGAAGCUAUAACAAACUAUUAUUCUUAAGAUACAUAAAACUUACCAAUAAAAGUUAAAAAUGUAACAAUUCAAAAAAAAAGUAGAUCAUCUAUAAAAUAAAUCAGAAAAUAAACCAUUUGACAUAAACUGAAAACAUUGAAACUCCAAAAAUACGAAGGAGAAAGAUUUUCAAAAGAAAAUUCAGAAGUGCAAAAUAAUAAAACACUUCAGAUAUUUUGCAGUGAAA